CAACAUAGGGCACCCUAAAGGCAAUGCGAUUGAAGACUACGUAGAACACGGUUCUACCGUCCACGGACCGGCAGCCGGUCACCUGUAGCCUUCGAGCCCCUGCCGAAGGCAAUUGUGGAAGAAAUACAAUCGACCUCAUUCCGACUCCUGAACGAUCAAGCGUUCACCUCCCAAUCCGCGAAGAUGGCACACUACUUCGACGCCCAGUUAAAGCGUCCCAAAGACUUCAAUUUCGCCACAGAUGUCGUCGACUACUGGGCCAAGAAGGCGGAAAAAGGUUGUGCCAUGCACUGGAUAUCCCAGGACCGGAAGCAGGAACGUCGACUAUCGUUUGAGCACUUCAGUCGACAGUCUCAUCGCCUAGCCGUACUUUUUCGCGACAAGCUUGGCGUGCAAAAAGGCGAAAAGAUGCUGAUCAUCAUGCCGCGCCUGCCCGAAUGGUGGGAAAUCGCCACGGCUGGCAUUCGAAGCGGGAUCGUCAUAUGUCCGGCAACGACGCUGCUCGUCGACAAAGACAUCGAGUAUCGAGCGAACAGGUCGAAAGCUUCGGUUUUCCUGGGUGACAGUGUAGCUGUCCGGAAAAUGCUGAAAGUGAGAAAGAACUGUCCAUCCAUCCAGCAUAUUUUCCAACUGGAUGGGGAAGCUUGCAGCGAUGUACUGCUCCUCAGCGAAGCCUUGAAGUCGGUUCCUCGAGACGCGAAAUACCUUGGUGCAAAGCCGGCGCUCAAGGAUCCUUCGAUGAUCUACUUCACGAGUGGUACGACGGGACCGCCGAAGAUGGUGCAGCAUAAUCAGAUUUCUUAUCCACUUGCAUCCACGAUCACUGGGAAACAUUUCCAUCGAUUGGAGCCAGGACAGCUGAAUUGGGUGUUGACCGAACAGGGCUGGGCGAAGGCAGCGUGGGCGUUUUUAGGGACAUGGAAUUGCGGUGCCGGGAUUUUCAUCCAUGAUGAUCGUGGCGCUUUUAAUCCGAAGACGACGCUGGACAUUUUGAACAGCUAUCCUAUCACUACAUUUUGUGCACCUCCAACCGUCUACAGGCAGCUUGUGCUUGACGAAAGUCGGAAGUACCUCAAACGGAAUCCUCCACGAUCUCUGCAACACUGCACAGGUGCCGGUGAGCCGCUGAACCCGGAAGUCAUCCGUCUUUGGCUUGAGACCACGGGGAUGGAGAUUUGCGAUGGCUUUGGGCAAACAGAGACCAUCCUUCUCUGCGGUAAUUUCAAAGGCAAUCCCAUCCGACCGGGAUCGAUGGGCAAGCCAUCUCCAGGAACACCAUUAUAUGUGGUUGGCAAUGAUGGCAGAGAGACUGCCGCAGACGUUGAAGGUGACAUUGCCAUCAAGGUUGACCUCACAGAGCAAUCGAACUUCUUCGGUUUAUUUGAUGGGUAUCUGGACGAGGGAAAGCUCGAUCGCAAGUUGAAGGAAUGUCCAGAGGAAGGGAGAGCGUGGUACAGCACUGGCGACAGAGCGGUGCGCGACAAAGACGGUUACUUUUGGUUCGUGGGCCGGAACGACGAUGUGAUCAACAGUGCUGGAUAUCGCAUUGGACCGUUCGAGGUCGAGUCGACACUCAAGCAGCAUCCGGCGGUGGUUGAAAGCGCAGUCGUUUCAUCUCCCGACAAGUCGCGAGGAGAAGUCGUCAAGGCCUUUGUCGUUUUGACGGCAGAAUAUGCGAAGAAGGACGAGGAAGCGUUGAUCAAGGAGCUGCAGAAUUUCUGUAAAGAGAACGCGGCACCUUACAAGUAUCCGCGCAAGAUCCAAUUCGUCGAUGCUUCGUUUCUUCCCAAGACAAUCUCUGGAAAGAUUCAGCGCAAGAAGCUUAAGCAGAUGGAAUGGUCGCAUGAGGAAGUCAAGGCCAAGCUGUAGAAUCUUUUCUUCAAUUUUUUCGUUUCGUAUCGUAGCGCUUGAGGCAGCGUUCCGAGCGCAUUCACAUUCAUAUUCGUAUAAUUGGAUUUGUUGAAGUAUUUCGUUGCGUGUAAGAGGAAGGCUUGGGUAAUCGCGGGAGGGUUCGAGGACUGUUAAAAAAGAUCUAAGACUUCUAUUAAAUUAAGACUCUAAUACCUUUUGCGCCGAGUCUAGGGAAUUGUCAGAGGCUACACGUGAUUGGCAUGUGACUAGCUCGAGUGAAGCCAGGGUCUCAGUGCCUCAGGCAGGGCUUGGCGCUUGGCGUUGGGCCAACUGGCCUGCGUUCCUCCUUCUCCUCCGAGUUCUCUAUCGAAUACUACCUGUACCUACUACUACC